AUUGAGGUGAGCAGGAGACCACCUCUCCCCACAGCCUAUUCCUCCGCACUCCCCCGUCCCGCAGUGGUACGUUCCGUGUAGAAAAGGGUCUCAGGGGCUCGGAGCGGCUCAGUGUGAUCAGGCGGUGCUGCUGCUGGGAGCGGCUGUGUGUCUGUCCGGCCAGCCAGGGGUCUUCACUGACCCGUCCCACCCUGGACCCUCCACCCCCCUGCUUGGAUACAGCACACAAUGAAUGGCCCGAGGAUAUUAAGCUGAAAAUUGGCAAACCACACUGGACCUUGACAGUUUCAUCUUUUGGUGGAAAAGAUUGGACUGUUGUAAGAGUACAACAUGAGGCUGGUAAAUGACUUGAUCCCCCCUUACUUUCUUCUUUUGUGGUUGUCUAGCUCCAGUGCAGCCAGCUCUCCAUUUCCAAACUUCACCGUGUCUGACACCUCUCUAACUCAUCUCGCAGUGCACAAAAACACAGGGGACGUUUAUAUUGGUGCGGUGAACAGAGUCUAUAAGCUGUCGGAGAACCUGACAGAGUUACGCUCCCACCUGACUGGCCCCAUAGAUGAUAAUGCCAGCUGUUACCCUCCACCCUCCGUGCGCGUCUGUACACACAAGCUCUUUCCUUCAGAUAAUGUUAAUAGACUUUUGUUGAUCGAUUAUACUGGGAACCGGUUGGUGGCUUGUGGUAGUGUAUGGCAAGGUAUAUGUCAGUUUUUGAGGCUGGACAACCUCUUCAAGUUGGGGGAGCCGCACCACCGCAAGGAACAUUACUUAUCAGGAGCGCGGGAGCCGGACUCCAUGACGGGAGUGAUUGUGGAACAAGAUGGUGAGCAGAGUAAACUCUUCAUUGGCACCUCCAUUGAUGGCAAAUCAGAGUACUUUCCAACGCUUUCGAGUCGCAAACUGGUCAGAAACGAGGAGAAUGAGGAGAUGUUUCGUUUGGUGUACCAAGACGAGUUUGUCUCUUCUCAGAUUAAAGUCCCUUCAGAUACCCUUUCCCAGCACCCUUCAUUUGACAUAUACUACGUCUAUGGCUUUGUCAGUGGUGGGUUUGUUUAUUUCUUGACGCUCCAACUGGAUACCCAACAGACGGUAAACGACGCCACUGGGGAGAAGUUCUUUACGUCUAAAAUUGUGCGGAUGUGUUCUGCAGAUCCCGAAUUCUACUCUUAUGUGGAGUUCCCCAUUGGAUGCACCAAGGAUGGAGUGGAGUACAGGCUUAUUCAGAGUGCUUACCUUAAUCGUCCAGGGCGUAAGCUUGCACAGGAGCUCGGGAUACCAGAAGAUGAGGAUGUUCUGUUCACAGUUUUCUCUCAGGGGCAAAAAAAUAGGUCCAACCCACCUCGAGAGUCUGUUCUCUGCCUUUUUACGCUCAGCCAGAUCAACAAACGCAUCAAGGAGAGGAUACAGUCUUGCUACCGUGGAGAAGGAAAGCUAUCACUGCCUUGGUUACUGAAUAAGGAGCUCAACUGUAUAAACACGCCUAUCCAUAUUCAUGAAGCAUUCUGUGGCCUGGCUCUAAAUCAGCCCAUUGGUGGCCUGAAGGUGAUCGAAGGUCUUCCUUUGUUUGAAGAGAAGACCGAUGGCAUGGCUAGCGUGGCGGCUUACAGCUAUGAUGGGCAUUCCGUGGUCUUUGUGGGCACCCGGGCUGGAACACUGAAGAAGAUUCGCGUGGACAGCCCUGCAGAUGCUGUACUGUAUGACACUGCUGUGGUGGUGCCAGGAAAACCAAUACUGCGGGAUAUGGUGUUCAGUCCAGACUGGCAAUCUGUAUACAUACUGAGUGAGAAACAGGUCAGCCGUGUUCCUGUAGAGAGCUGUCAGAGAUAUAACACUUGUGCUGCCUGCCUGGGAUCUGGGGAUCCUCACUGCGGAUGGUGUGUGCUUCAUAGCAGGUGCUGUCGAGAGAGCGAGUGUGAACGGGCAGCCGAGCCUCACCGUUUUACGAACGAUCUCAGCCAAUGCAUGCGCCUGGAGGUGACUCCCAACAACGCCUCUGUCAGUGUACCUGAACUGCUGCUGAACCUCUCUGUGCAGAAUGUCCCUGAUUUGUCUUCUGGUGUCACCUGUGUGUUCGGGGACAUGGCUGAAAGCGAGGCGGUCCUGGUGGAUGAAACGAUUCAAUGCGCCUCCCCCUCACUGCGUGACAUUCCUGGAAUCACCGGAGGACAGGGAGCUCUGCACACAGUCCAGUUACACCUGAAGUCCAAAGAGACGGGUCUGAGGUUUGCCAGCACUGACUUUGUCUUCUACAACUGCAGCGUCCUUCAGUCGUGUAUGUCCUGCGUGGUCAGUCCGUAUGCAUGCCACUGGUGUAAAUACCGUCAUAUUUGUACACACAAUGCAGAAGAGUGCUUCUUUCUGGAAGGUCGCGUGAACAACACUGAUGGCUGCCCGGAGAUUAUUCCGACGGGUGAAAUCUUGAUACCGGUUGGUGUGGUGCAACCGAUCACUCUGAAAGCCAAGAACCUCCCCCAGCCACAAUCUGGUCAGAAAAACUACGAAUGCGUGUUCAACAUUGAAGGGAAAAUACAACGAGUUCCUGCCGUGAGGUUUAACAGCAGCAGCGUGCAGUGUCAGAACACGUCGUACACAUAUGAAGGUAAUGACUCCGGCGACAUGAAGGUGGACUUCUCUAUCGUCUGGGAUGGACAUUUUUAUAUCGAUAAACCUGCAUCCUUCCAAGCUCUGCUAUAUAAAUGCCCAGCACAACGCGAUAGCUGUGGUCUCUGUCUGAAGGCGGAUCCUCGCUUUGAGUGCGGCUGGUGCGUGUCUGAAGGAAAAUGCCUACUAAGGCAGUAUUGCUCUAAUCCGAAAACCAACUGGAUGCAUCUCAGUAAACGGAACACACGGUGUACCGGCCCCCAGAUCUAUGAGAUUCAUCCUCUUACUGGCCCGAGAGAGGGUGGAACCAAAGUCACCAUCACUGGUGCCAACUUGGGUCUCUUCUUCAGAGAAGUGUGGGUACAGGUGGCUGGGGUACAGUGCUCAUCAGUACCUUCGCAGUACAUCAGUGCCGAGAGGAUUGUGUGUGAAAUGGAGGAGUCGCUGGUUCCUAACCCUGCCCCUGGUGUGGUGGAGCUUUGUAUUGGAGACUGUAGCGCCGAGUAUAGAACGCAGUCUGAUCAGCUUUACACUUUUGUGACUCCUACUUUUAAUGAAGUGAGCCCCAAGCAAGGCCCAGCAUCAGGUGGCACUCGACUUACCAUUAGUGGCAAAAACCUGGAUGCUGGUAGUGCCGUGUCUGUACUGGUCAGAGACUCAGAAUGCCGCUUUGUCAAGAGAAACAUGCGUGAAAUUGUCUGCAUCUCACCAGCCUCAUCACAGGGCCCCAGCACAGCCACUAUCACUCUGCGAAUCGAUCGGGCCAGUGUGUGGAACCAAGAUGUAAUUUUUACUUACACUGAAGACCCCACUAUCUCUCGACUAGAGCCAGCUUGGAGUAUUUUCAAUGGCAGCACAGCAGUUACAGUGACUGGGACCCACCUAAUGACCAUUCAAGAUCCACGGAUUCGGUCCAAGUAUGCUGGCAUAGAGAUCAUAAAUACAUGCCAGAUCCUUAAUGACACACUGAUGUUCUGCAAGGCUCCGGGAAUCUACCCCUCUAAUGGAGAGGCUUUUCCAGAAGAUGGUGUUCAGCCAGACGAGUUUGGUUUCGUCUUGGACAAUGUAACAAGCCUGCUCACCUUGAACUUCACCACAUUUACUUACUACCCCAACCCUGUGGUGGAGCCCUUCGGACCUGGUGGCACUCUGGAGAUAAAGCCAGGCUCGCAUGUCAUCCUCAAGGGAAGAAAUCUGCAGCCUGCUGCCCCUGGAGGAGCAAAGCUGAACUACACAGUACUGAUCGGGGAUGAACCAUGUGCACUGACUGUUUCCGACACUCAGCUGCUGUGUGAUUCUCCCAGCCAGACAGGAGAACAUCGCGUGACUAUCGUUGUUGGAGGGAUGGAAUUCUCUCCAGGAAGUCUCCGGAUCUACUCCGACAGCUCCCUCACCUUGCCAGCCAUAGUAGGGAUUGGCGCUGGGGGUGGAUUGCUGCUGCUUGCCAUCAUUGCCGUUCUCAUUGCCUAUAAGAGGAAAACACGGGAUGCCGACCGCACCUUGAAACGCCUCCAAAUGCAGAUGGAUAAUCUGGAGUCACGGGUUGCUUUGGAAUGUAAAGAAGCCUUUGCAGAGCUCCAAACAGACAUUAAUGAGCUGACUAACAAUAUGGAUGGCGUGAAGAUCCCAUUCCUGGAAUAUAAGACCUAUGCGAUGCGCGUGCUGUUCCCAGGAAUUGAAGAUCACCCUGUGCUAAAGGAACUGGAUAUGCCUCCAAAUGUGGAAAAAGCCCUGAGACUGUUUGGACAGCUCCUGAACAACAAAACCUUCUUGUUGACUUUUAUACAUACGCUGGAAACCCAGCGCAGCUUCUCCAUGAGGGACCGCGGUAACGUAGCCUCCUUGACCAUGGUGUCGCUGCAGGGCCGCAUGGAAUAUGCAACAGUCGUCCUGAAACAGCUGUUGAGUGACCUCAUUGAGAAGAACCUGGAGAGCAAGAACCAUCCUAAAUUACUGCUGCGUAGGACGGAGUCAGUAGCUGAGAAAAUGUUAACAAACUGGUUCACUUUCCUACUGUACAAGUUUCUGAAGGAAUGUGCCGGAGAGCCACUCUUUAUGCUUUUCUGUGCGAUAAAGCAGCAGAUGGAGAAAGGUCCUAUUGAUGCCAUCACUGGGGAAGCCCGCUACUCACUAAGUGAGGACAAACUCAUCCGGCAACAGAUCGACUACAAAGUCCUGACUCUGAGCUGCAUCUGUCCGGACAGUGAGAAUGGCACAGAGGUCCCUGUUAAAGUUCUCAACUGCGAUACAAUUACCCAGGUGAAGGACAAGCUUCUGGAUGCUGUGUACAAAGGGAUUCCCUAUACACAGAGGCCGAAAGCAGAGGAUAUGGACUUAGAAUGGCGUCAGGGCCGUAUCACCCGCAUUGUGCUCCAGGAUGAGGAUGUCACCACCAAAAUUGAGUGUGACUGGAAGAGGCUGAACACACUGGCACAUUACCAGGUCACAGAUGGCUCCACUGUGGCUCUCAUUCCCAAGCAGGUAUCGGCCUACAACAUCACCAACUCCUUCACAUUUACUCGCUCACUCAGCCGGUAUGAGAGUCUUCUACGGACAUCCAGCAGCCCAGACAGCUUGAGAUCGCGAGCUCCCAUGAUCACCCCUGACCAAGAAACUGGCACUAAGCUCUGGCAUCUGGUGAAGAAUCAUGACCACACAGACCAUAAAGAGGGUGACCGUGGCAGUAAAAUGGUGUCCGAGAUUUACCUCACCCGGUUAUUGGCCACUAAGGGUACUCUGCAGAAGUUCGUGGAUGACCUGUUUGAGACUGUGUUCAGCACAGCCCACCGGGGCAGCGCUCUGCCUCUUGCCAUAAAAUACAUGUUUGACUAUUUAGACGAGCAAGCUGAUAAAAGGCAGAUAACGGAUCCAGACGUCCGACACACAUGGAAAAGUAACUGUUUGCCUCUCCGCUUCUGGGUGAAUGUGAUCAAAAACCCGCAGUUUGUCUUUGACAUUCACAAGAACAGCAUCACAGACGCCUGCCUCUCUGUGGUGGCUCAGACAUUCAUGGACUCUUGUUCCACCUCUGAGCACCGACUCGGGAAGGACUCGCCAAGUAACAAACUGCUCUACGCCAAGGACAUCCCUAACUACAAGACUUGGGUGGAGAGAUAUUAUAGAGACAUCAGCAAGAUGGCUGCAAUCAGCGACCAGGACAUGGACGCCUAUCUUGUUGAGCAGUCCCGCAUCCAUGCAAAUGAGUUCAACUCCCUGAGUGCUCUCAGCGAGCUCUUCUUCUAUGUCAACAAAUAUCGAGAGGAGAUCCUCACUGCUUUGGAUCGAGAUUCUUAUUGCCGAAAACACAAACUGCGCCAGAAGAUGGAACAAGUUAUCAACAUGGUCUCAAGUAAUAGCUGAACCUUGUGAACCCCUUCUCUGUCCCUUAUCCCCUCAACCUCAACUCCCCAGGACCCCAAGAUGAGCCAGAAACUGAUAGGUAGCGGCCCACUUGGAGGCCAACAUGACUAGAAGGGUGACGGGCAAUGUGCAAAGCUAUGGCACUGCCACAGAGACUCCACAGAGCCACCGACGGGACCUGUGUGACCAGCGCCUGAAUCUUUUAUCCGGGUUAGCAGCCGAUCUUCACCAGCCAUGGCACUGUGUGCCCCAUGGCAUGCCCACUCAUUCUUCUUCUAUGACCGUGUGACAAGGUGCCCGUGUUCCAGUGCCUUGUGCUUGGGAGAGCAGAGCCUUGACUGCACACCUUUGGUGUAAUAUUGUGCUGACCACUAGGUGGGGGUCGGUGUGCACACCAUUCACUCUCUCUGCAAAACUUCUCGAGGGGGUCCGCGUCCUCACCAACCUUCUCCGCCCCUCUCGUCACUAGACUGCCUGGACUCUCUGGCCAAUCAGGAGCUUGCACACAGUGAGGACGUCGAUGUUUUUUGGUAUUGUGAAGCCAUAUGACUCAGAGGGACACCUCCCCCCCCCCCCUCCCCACCCCUCUUCCCAAUGUUUGUUACCCACUAAUAAUCUCAGUGCACUAUUGUUCCCCAAAUCUCCUUGCUGCUCCUCUCCUGUGUUUUAAGUGCACCCCCAAGACUUUGUGGAGAGACGAUGGAGUUAUUUCAUAUCUGUGACGUGAAAAUCGAGGGGUUCCCCAGAUUUUAGGUAUCGUAGGUAGGCGGGGACUCCCUUUAUGUUAAUGAGAUUUUGUGCCAUGCGGUAUCAGUGGUAUUUUUUUUUGUUUUUUUGUGGGAAGAUGGCAGAUGUGAGUGGGCGUGCAGUUUACCCUCAUCUCACCCUCUCCCAUACCCCCCCUCACUGCCUUUUGUCCAAUGCUCCCUCUAAGUCACGUUCUGUGGAAAGAUGGAGGUCAGAAAACAGGUCAUAGCGGUGUCUUGAAACGACAUUGGGUUCCCUGCUUUGUAAAUAUUUAACUUGUCCUAAUUUAACCCCUUUUUUCCAUAGAGCGACACUUACAGGGUUUGCAGACUGUCACUGGCCUCGGUUGUGUUGUGUACAGCUGUGUAUCAGGGCACAUUUGGGUUAAGUCCAUUCCAGGCCCUGGUUACUAUAUCAUGCAUUUUUUUUAUAUUUAAUUUUAUUUAUUUAACUUAUUCCUGUUUUUAUCCUCCACUGCAGAAUGUGGACAGUGUUUUAUAUAGAUGCCAUGCUUGGCGGAGAGAUGUGUGUGUGUGUGUCUGUAGUUGUUUGAAUGUUCAGUUUUAUCCCUCUUAGUUCACCACCCAGGUCACACCAAACAUUUGAGGGGUGUCAUGAAGCAAUCAGUCUUGACUGUGUGCCCCCAAACUUUCCUGCAGUUGAAGUUCUUGCUGACGUGAAGUCGGUGUGGAUUUAGUUGGUGCAUGGCAAAACGGUGUGAAAUGAAAUGAACCAAAAUGUCUGUCAGCUGACAGAUUCUCUUGUGUCCUCUCUAUAGUCACAUAAAAAAGCACCAUAUUCAUAUAAAGGAUUCCCCUGAUUAGGUCUAAGAUUGUGGUGAAACAUAAUAUAUUUUAACAUAGGUGCUCAAGUGUUGCCUUUGGGUUUUGUGACACAGAAAUUACAAAAUGAAAGUCUUAGUUUUGUCUGCGACUUGCCCUGCACCAGUCUUUUCCCCUACUGUGUUGUGUCAGUGGCAGAGUGGUGCUGCUAUUGUGGGUCUGUUUGUAGAGUGUUGUAUGUGACCUUCUCCAGAUGACACCCAAAGCACAGGGCAGGGGGGAUCCAUCAGGAUCAUCUGAGCCAGCUACAGUAAUGUGUACCACCCCAAAGGGGGAGGAGCUCCUUGCUGGUUUCCUAAUGGGGACACAAACCAAAGCAUAUAUUAGAAGCAAUAACAAAGCGCCAGGAAACUGCAAGUCUGCAUCACAUUUCUUGGUUCAACACAAAGUAGCAGAGCCCCUAUUUUAUAUGCCCAUCUCCUCCCCUGUUCCCACCAUGCUGGUGCAGUAUUGGUACAGGCUUCGACCUCCAAGAACUUGGGCCUGUUUCAUCUUAUCCCUGUGCUAAAACCCACCCUGAUAACAGAACUUAUGUUACUAUUUUGAAUACUUGACUGCCCUCAUGACCGUGCACGUUUUAUUUGGCCCUCCCUGAUUUCUGCUUGUUAAAUGAUUUUCUAUUUUUGGUCAAAUACUUGUUUGCAUCCCUUGUCUAAGUUGUCCUUAACGGAACUUCCUAACCAUCACCAUUGUGGACUCUCGUAUUGGUGGCCUGCCACGUGACUAAACUUUCAUAUCCACACCAGACACUUAAAGUAUAUGUAAACUCUCCGCUUGUUAAAACAAAAACAUUCAGUUUAAAAUAGAAAUGAAAGGCAAAACAUUUGUGCGUAUGUAUGAAAACAUAAAUUCCUUUUUCCAUAUAAGUGAUCACAUACCCUCUGUUCCCAGCUGCAUAAGGACCUUAGAGAGCUGGGGGAGGAGAAGCAGCACACACUGGUCUUUCCAGUGAAUGGCUGUGCAGAGGGCGUGUUGUCAGCACCAGUCUGAUCAUUGGAGAGCAGGUUGAGUUCUCGGCAUAGCUAGAAAAUGGACUACACCUAGUGUGGUCAGUUUUUAUUAGGAAAGCAAAGAGACUGGCAGGAAAACCAGGGAUUUUACAUAAAGGAAGCAAUACAAAGAGAACAAGAUGAUCUUUCAUACAUGUACAUGGUACAGCAGACACAUAUCAAGACUUUGAAAUCAUAGGUUGACAUAUUCUUUAACUGUGCCAUCAUAUCCAGGGGCUGGCACAUGACUGGCCCCUCAUGAGGGUCCAGGCAAAUGCAAUGAUCUAUUUGGCACUUGACUACACCCUCAUAGUCACACAUGAACCAGUAUAAGUGGUUGGCACUUAGCUAGACCUCUAUCAGUAUGUCUGGUUCUUGACUAUUAUCUGUGACUAAUAUGCCAUCCCCUUUUCUAUAUCCUGCAGAUGACUGGACCAUCAUCUUUGUCACAUUUAAUUAUCCAUUACUUGACCAGGCACCUUAGUCUGUGCUCAGCAGGGAAGUAUAUCCAGCACACUAUUCACUUCACAGGAAGGCCAAGUCCAGGAUGUGGGCUCCAUCAUGUCCUUUCUAUUUCCCCUUCCACAACACAAAACUUACUAACUCUUUCCGUACUUAACCAACCUCCCCUCUGUGUCGGGUACCUGCUGCCCUGAUGUCCAGCCCAGGUACAUAAACGCCUGACCCCCUGUGCUGGGUUUUUAUAACUGCCAAUGUUCUUUAUUGCCAAACUGGAAACAUUCCAUGUUAGCUUGUGUGUAUGUGUGUAUUUGUGUGCCCCUGUCUCAUGAUACCUCACACGUAAAGGGUUCAAUGUGACAGUGUGUAAAUAAGGAGAAACCUAUAAGAUAUAUAUAUAUUUUGUAAGUCUGUGCCACUGUCCUGUAUCCCCCCUUCCCCCCAUCCUCAUCAUACGUAACCCCUUCACUACACCAGUACUUGACUGCUGGAGGCAGCGUCCACCACCAUCUGCGUCCUUACCAGCGUCUAAGGGGUUCAACUCUCCACCGUGAAUGAAGGGAUUUUGGUGCCUUAGAAACAUUCUCCACCCCACGGGAUCUGAUACAGAGGUGACACCAUGACACGUGCAGGGUCCACAGUAUUUAUCAGCACUUUAUGUCUCCGGUGGCAGCGGAUCUGAUACUGUGAGCAUGGCCUUUUUAUUUCAUGAUGUUCUUUUUUGCAAAAUAAAGGAAUUCAAACUCCAA